AUGGUCUAAAAAAAAUUGCUGUUAUAGGUUUUUUUAUACUUCUUUAUUUAGAUAAUUGAUAUUGUGCUCUCAGAUUAAAUUCAAAUCGAUAACAACUGGUUUGAAUUAAAAGAAUAAAAUGCUUUGAUUGUAAGUACACUUCCUGAUAAAAACACAGUUUAUUGGUAACUUGAUUCAUAAGGAUAUAUUUAAAAAUAAGUAAACCUAAUUGGCUGUUCAUGUUAAACAAGAGCAUCAGAUAAAUCUUUUGUGGAUUAGAAUGUAUUAUACAUAUUUAUUUAUUAAAGUGGUAUUUACUAUACUGCUUAAUUUAGCGAUAUUGUAAAUGCUUUAGAUAAAUCAUCAGUAUAGUGCUUAUAAAAUUAAGGAUAACCAUUUACAAGAUAUUUUUUUUAUAAUGGAUUUUAUAUAAUAGCCUAACAAUCUGCUAGAAUAUGGUUAAUAGUUAGAAAAAAUUUUGUUUUGAUUAAUAAUAUGGGUGAUCCUACUACUGAUAGCAAUGAAAACAGUCAAUUAUUCUUUGA